AUGGAAGAGAAGUUCUCGAGAGUCAAUAACGUCAAGGACAUCCAAAUGCCUCCAAAGAUAUCAAUGGCAACAGAGUUCAGCAUCGAAGGAUUCAAGCAUACGGCCGGCAACCAUUCGCCGGACACCUACUCGUCGGAGUCGCCCCAUAAGUUGCAACAAACUUUGACGACGAACAUGAAAACAGCAACGCCGGGGAAGUGGAAUUGCCUUUGCUCUCCGACGACUCACGUCGGUUCGUUUAGGUGCCGAUUGCAUCGAGGUCCCGGAAAGGGAAUGAUCCGUGGUGGCUCCGUCGGCUCCAAUCUCUCAGAGUUGGGCUCUAAAUCGCGCCCUCUUGCUGAAUUGAUUUAG